AUGCACCCCCGUCGCAUCCACCACCCACACAACGCGGCGCCCAUCACCACCCAUCCAGCCUUACUCACUCAGCUCACGAUUACGACUAACUACAACCUCAUACCUACCAACCCGCCCGCCCUCAACCCACCACCACCACCAACCACCACAUCUACACCGACUACCCACUACCAACCACCAGCAAUGUCGCACCCCUUCCGCAUCCCCGUCAAGCUCCCCUCAUCCGCCACAUGCCGCUCCGCCGGCGUCUACACCUCCGGAGCUCUUUUCUCGCUCGGGUUCUGGUUCUUUGUGGAUGCGGCCGCCUAUAGCAAGGUUGCCAACCCAGGCGACGUGCACAUAAAGUUCCCGGAGUGGAUCCCGCUGAUUUGUAGCGUGUUGGGAAUGCUUAUAAUCAACUCGAUUGAGAAGUCGCGCCUCAUGGCAGACAGCUUCUCGUACAGCGGCGGCGACGUGGCGUGGAAAGCGAAGCUGGUGCUGUUUAUGGGCUUUGCGAUGCUGGCGGGCGGGCUCGCGGGGUCGGUGUGCUUCCUGAUAUUGGGUUAUAUCGUCCCUGAGUACCCGUGGCCGACACUCUACUUUGGCGUUGCGAAUGUGAUUGCGAACUCGCUCAUUAUGCUGAGUUGCGUCUCGCUGUGGCUGUCGCAGAAUAUCGAGGAGGACUACACUUAUAACCUGUCCUUGUAG